UUGAAUUUUACAUAAUGACAACAUAACUAAAUUUCAGUCUUCAUCGAAAAAAUACCAAAAAAAUGGCCCCCAUCGACGAAGAUGGAUUUUCUUUAACUCAUCUACAAAAAGCAACGAGUUACAUAAAAGGAAAGAUCCCAUCAAGCCCACGAAUUCUUAUUAUAUGCGGUUCUGGACUAGGUAUAUUAGCAGAUUCUUUGCAGUCUCCAAUCGUGAUCCCAUACGGAGACAUACCUAAUUUUCCUGAAAGUACUAUAAAAGGACACUCAGGACAACUAGUUUUUGGUACAAUAUCAGGCAUUAAUGUGUUGUGUAUGAAAGGAAGAUUCCAUUACUACGAAGGUCACUCGUUAAAGAAAAUAACUUCUCCUGUAAGAAUAGCGAAAUUGCUUGGUGUGGAAUUGCUCAUCAUCACAAAUGCCGCCGGUGGUGUUAACCAAAAAUACAAAGUUGGAGACAUAAUGCUCAUCAAGGACCACAUAAACUUUCUAGGUUUUGCUGGGACACAUCCUCUAAGAGGACUAAAUGAUGAUGAUUUUGGUGAUCGUUUCUUUCCCGUAAACAGAAGUUACGAUAAAAAUAUUCGUAAAAUUGCUGUGGAAAUAGGACAAAGUCUUGGAAUUGGACCUAAUCUUCACGAAGGUGUCUAUGCUAUGGUUGGUGGUCCAAACUAUGAAUCUCCUUCAGAAGUACGAGCUUUAAGAACACUUAACGUUGAUGCUGUAGGAAUGUCGACUAUUCCAGAAGUUUUAGUCGCGAAACAUUGUGGUUUAAAAGUUUUCGGGUUCAGUCUUAUUACCAACGAAUGUGUGGCGGACUAUGAUUCAGAGAAACAGCCCAAUCAUGAAGAAGUUUUAGCAGCAGUUAAUUCUAGAACCCAACAGUUGAAAGAUUUCGUGAUAAAAGUUAUAGAAAAAUGUAAUUUUAACGUAAGUAAAAAUGAAAAUAUUAGCUCUGAUGUAAAGCUUUCUAAUAAAACCUAAUAUGUAAUACAGA